AUGGCCGCGGCCGCGGCGGGUGGGUCCCCGGGCCCGUCCUCCGGCCCUGCAAGGGCCGCGCCGGCCGCCGGGCCCGGCCCCGGCCCCGCCGCCAGGGCCCCGCCGCAGGCGCCGCGGAGGCGCGGGGACUCUCGGCGCCGCCAGGCCGCGCUCUUUUUCCUCAACAACAUCUCCCUGGACGGGCGGCCCCCGAGCCUGGGCCCGGGCAGCGAGAAGCCCCCGCCCCCGCCCCCGCCGCCGGCCGAGGCCCGCGAGCCGCCCGCGCCGCCGCCGCCGCCGCCUCCGCCGCCGCCCGCGCCGCCCUCCGGCCUGCCCUUGCCGGGUCCCGCGAGCAGGGCCUCGGCGCCCCAGGGCCUGCUCAGCCCCGCGCCCGCCCCCGUUGGCCUGGGCCUGGGCCUGGGCCUGGGCCUGGGCCUGGACGGGCAGCGCCAGAGAAGGCGCAUCACCUCCCAGCGCUGCUCCCUCGAGUUUCUGGAAGACACAGUGGGAUGUGCCUCGGUUCAGCGGACAAAACACAUAUCUGGGUCCCCGAGACACAAAGGCCUGAAGAAGACUCACUUCAUCAAGAACAUGAGGCAGUACGACACCAAGAGCAGCAGGAUCGUGCUGAUCUGUGCCAAGAGGUCCCUGUGUGCGGCCUUCUCAGUUCUGCCGUAUGGAGAAGGCCUGCGGGUCAGUGACCUGCGGGGGGACAGCCAGAAGCAGAGGCAUCCGUCCGGCGGCAUUUCCGUGUCUUCAGAGAUGGUGUUUCAGUUGGAAGGUGUCGAGCUGGGAGCGGACGGAAAGGUUGUGUCUUACGCCAAGUUCCUGUACCCCACCAAUGCCCUGGUGACACUCAAGCCGGACAGCCAUGGCCCGCCGCCUCCACCCCGGCCCAGCGUCCCCCGCACUCUGCCGGGGUCAAGAUGUAAACCAGCCCCUGCCCUGGCAACACCAGCCGGCCCGGAACUAGGGACUGACGCAGGGGAUACCCUAGAGUACAACCCCGACCUCCUGGAUGAUCCUCAGUGGCCCUGCGGCAAGCACAAGCGUGUCCUCAUCUUCGCGUCCUACAUGACCACGGUGAUAGAGUACGUGAAACCCUCCGACCUCAAGAAGGAUAUGAACGAGACCUUCCGGGAGAAGUUCCCACACAUCAAGCUGACGCUGAGCAAAAUCAGGAGUUUAAAACGAGAAAUGCGGAACCUGUCUGAGGAGUGUGGCUUGGAGCCCGUGACGGUGUCCAUGGCCUACGUGUACUUCGAGAAGCUGGUCCUGCAGGGCAAGCUCAACAAGCAGACCCGCAAGCUGUGCGCGGGCGCCUGCGUGCUGCUGGCCGCCAAGAUCAGCAGCGACCUGCGCAGGAACGACGUGAAGCAGCUCAUCGACAAGUUGGAAGAGAGGUUUCGAUUCAACAGACGGGACCUCAUCGGGUUUGAGUUCACCGUGCUCGUGGCCUUGGAACUCGCUCUGUACCUUCCCGAGAGCCAGGUGUUGCCUCAUUACCGACGCCUCACGCAGCAGUUCUAGCCUGGCCCGGCGCCCCGGCGCCGCAGCACGCGCAUGGGCCCGGGGUGGCUCCGGGCCCUGCGGUGCGGGCGCCCAGCCUCCCUGGCUGGUGCUGCUCCUCCUUCCCAGCCUUGCUUCCUGGGGACUCCGCUCUCAUCCCAGCGCACAUGCGCCGCCGCGCACUCUCAGGCACCUUCCUGUGAUCUCCCAGGGGCGGAACGUGGGGCUGUCGCUGUGUCUUUUCUCCCUGUGCCCGAGACCGUCUGGCACCAGGGCUUUGGUUGGUGACGUGUGGCAGCGAAUCCUGACUUCGCAGCGUCUCCUUCCUGCUGGGCGUGCCCCGGCCUUCUGCAGGCUGCCAUGGCCACAGCACAAGCACCUCAGUAGCGACCUGGGUUUCCAGAUCUCCCUCAACACACUGAAGUGCUGAGUUCACCUGUUGAAGCAUCAGUCUUGGCUAGUUCCGGUCGGUGUGGAAAUUGCACUGUGGAACAUGGCCACCCCAGCCCCGCCCCAUCGGCCUGUCUGCCUCCCAGCCCAGCCCCUGGGGCUUGUCCACUCACCUCCCCGCAGCCCACAGGCAGAGCUCGGGCAUCAGCCUCAGCCACGAGAGCAGGCUCUGGUUUGCUUGAUCUCGUCUCCUACUCUCGGACCUGUUCUGAGGAUCGUGUCACUGUGAAAUCCUGUGUCACACCCCUCAACAUCCUCGCCCACCCCGGGCGGGGGUCCACCCUUCGCCUCUCACCAGGAAAAGCCCUCUUGCCCGUGACACUGGGAACCCUCAGGACGAUGGGACUGCCGGCUCUUGAUCUUCCUAAGCAAUAUUAUGGAGGAAAGUUUAUUUAUUGUCACUUAGGAUGUGGGGUUUUUUUAAGGCAACAAAAACUGGUUAAAUGCAGUCUGCCGAAGCUGUGACUUGAACCACACUUGACCCUCGAGCAGGGAGACUAACCUCACAGCCCUGCCUCUCCAACGGGUUGGUGCCUGUGCCUUCCCCCAGGGCAGGAAGAAGAAGCACCUUGGCCAGUGCAGCCCGCCCCAAGCAGAUCCCAAGGGCAGGUCUGUGCCCACGUCAGCUCCUCCGCGCCAUCUCCGCUCAUGGCCCCACCAGAAAUACCGAAGUCCGAGGACUGGAGUUUCUCCCUUCAUGGGUCAGCUGCUCUAAGAAAGGACCAUGCUGGCUGGGCCAUUAAGCUGCUUCCCCAUUGCUGUCCUAUCAACCUGUCACUGGAGGGGCCCAGGACAGCCCACCCUACAUGCCAUCUGUGCAGACUGGUGCUUUUGCAGCAGGGAGAUGCCAGCCCUCGUCACUGCACUCAACCACCAGCAACUUGGCCUAGACCGCAGCAGAGGUGCAGGGAGCCACCUGCAGACCCGCUCCCACCCUGUUGGCUGCUGCUCCUCCUUCCUCAGUCGCUCACUUCCUGGGAGACUGUAGGGUGGCGCUUGAAGCCCAAAUCUGUAUCCCACCCUUAUUGAGGAGUGCCUCUUCCCUGCCUCCCUAAGAUGGCCCCCCAAACCCCGAUGUGCACCAAGGGGGGCCUGGAGGAUGAAGCUGCUAUGCCCCAGGCAACUCUUCUGGAAAGUGACCUGUCCUGCCACCACAGCGUCUCAAGUCUUAGUGACACUGCUGUUACAAGCACUGCAAGGGACUGACUUCCAAAACAUAUGUCCUGGUUUACACUUACCCUUGAGGGACACACCUUGGGAAUUUCUAUACAAACGGAAUGGCUGAUACAGUAAUUUAAGUUUGAAUGAUUAUGUAGUCAGAUUUAAUCGUUUACCAAAUCCUCCUGUAACCUUCCCCUUAGUGUGUUAUUUUUAACAAUGCAAGAGCUGCCACCGUGUGGUACUCGAGCAAAGCCAGUAUUUAAGGCAAACUUCAGCCUAAAUCCUCUCCCUCUAGAGCCAGCCCAGCUGUUCCUAUGUCCAAGGGCCUGGUGCCACCCCCUCAGCCCCCAGCAGGCACUGUGGAUUUAAAUGUUCUAAGCAGGCUGUUGGACCUCAAUGUCAAAUUGUGUGUCACGGAAGUUUGCAAACAGUGAUGUAUUUGUCCUUUAAGUAAAAUUUGGUUUUGCAACAUG